CCUGACCCUCUCCUUUUUAACACACCUGAGCGGCUUUUACAUGGUUGGGAGGGAUGGGGGUGGCGGACGUACAACGACACCAUUACGGUGCACACGCCUCAUGCACACGCGUUGUAUUUAAGAAGGUGUUUGAAGGCGAAACAGCUGCUGAGGAGUGAAGAGUGUUUGUCACAUUCCUCCUUCUCUGAGGGGAAGCAGCAGGACUGAAUGGAGCACCAGUGGACAGGAACCUCUUUCUCCUGGGUGAAAGUCUGCCGUUUUGUGACAUCUUCCAUUUAAAGUCUGCAUCGCCUUCAGUCACUGCUGCUACAUCAGCAAGAUUCCAACAGAGGACAGUCUAAAACAUCAGACCAAACAUCCACAUCCAUAAAUUUACUAGGUGGAGAGCAUCAAAGUGACAUAAUGGAAGAGCAGUCUGCAAGUUUCGUCCUGGCAGACUACGCAGUCUUUGCUGCCAUGUUGUCCGUCUCCAUGGCCAUCGGACUCUACCAGGCCCUGAAGGGGAGGUCAGGAGAAGCCACAGCUGAUGAUUUCUUCACAGGGGGUCGGAGCAUGCCGGCCGUGCCUGUUGGGCUGUCGCUCUGUGCCAGUUUUAUGUCAGCAGUCCAGGUUCUAGGUGUUCCCGCAGAGGCUUUUCGCUAUGGCUUUAAAUUCCUCUACAUGUGCCUCGGACAGAGCAUCAACUCCCUGCUGACAGCUUACCUCUUCCUGCCAGUUUUCUUUCGACUGGGCAUCACCAGCACCAAUCAGUAUCUGAAGAUGAGAUUUGGCAGAGGGAUGCAGCUGUUGGGGAGUGUCCAGUUUCUGGUAGCAACGCUGCUUUAUACAGGGAUUGUCAUCUAUGCACCUGCUCUGAUCCUUAACCAAGCUACUGGACUCAAUAUUUGGGUGUCUCUGUUUUCUACUGGGAUCAUUUGCACCCUGUACACCACACUGGGUGGCAUGAAAGCUGUGAUCUACACUGACGUCUUCCAGAUUAUUGUCAUGUUGGCCGGCUUUGUGGCUAUUUAUAUUCACGGCACAGUUCUGGUUGGUGGUCCUGCCACGGUGCUGGAGAUCGCCAGAAAUGGAUCACGCCUUAAUUUGAAUGAUUUUAGCGUUGACCCGCGGCAGCGAUAUACCUUCUGGAGCCUGACUGUCGGAGGGGCAUUGGUUUGGCUGUCCAUGUACGGAGUAAACCAAGCCCAAGUCCAGCGCUACAUCUCCUGCAGAACAGAAAGAGACGCCCAGUUGGCUCUGUUUGUGAACCAAGUGGGUCUGUGCCUCAUUGUGAGCAGUGCAGGAUUCUGCGGCAUCGUCAUGUUUGCUUAUUACAUCAACUGUGAUCCGCUGAAGUCUGGGAGGAUUUCUGCCCCUGAUCUGUAUAUGCCGUACUUUGUGUUGGACAUAUUCAAACAUCACCCUGGAUUUCCAGGUCUUUUCCUUGCCUGUGCAUACAGUGGGACACUCAGCACGGCCUCAACAAGUAUCAAUGCAAUGGCCGCAGUAACCAUGGAGGAUCUGUUGCGACCCCAUCUGCUCCACAUGACCCAGAAGAAAUUGAUACUCGUUUCCAAAGGACUGUCACUCUUGUAUGGAAUAGGUUGCAUGACUGUAGCUGCUCUCUCCUCCUUCCUGGACUGGGGAGUUCUUCAGGGAUCAUUCACAGUCAUGGGUGUGGUCAGCGGUCCAUUACUGGGAGUCUUCAUUUUGGGGAUGUUUGUCCCAGCAACAAACAGGCUGGGGGCGUUCUCAGGGAUCUUAGUGGGCUUCUGUGUCUCUCUGUGGUUGGCUGUUGGUUCAACUCUUUACCCGCCCAGUGAGGAGACAAUGGGUACCCUGCCCAGCUACUCAGGCGAGUGUGGAUCCAGCAACAUUACCCUGAACAGCAGCCCACACCAGGACCAGCACUCCAUCUCCACCCCGCUUCACCCCGACGACCAGGGGGGUUUGCUUAACUUCUACUCCAUGUCCUACCUCUACUUCGGUGCAAUGGCUACCAGUUCUGUGGUGCUAGUUGGGAUGAUAGUGAGUUAUGCAACAGGAGCAACAAAGAGGAGUCAGAUUAAAGAGGGUUUAUUAUGGUGGGAUCUGAACAAAAAGCAAGUGGAGGUUCCAUCAGAGCGCAGAGCUGGAACAAUGUCCAGAAUGUUCCCCUGUCUUCUGCACAAUGCCUGCUGGGAUACAGAGCAGCCGCCUAUGAGUCUAAACAGCAAUAAGCAGAGGGCACCAGAUAAAGCACAGUUUGUGCUCUUGAGGAAGCUGCGUAAAGAAGAUACAGAUGAAAAAGAAGAAGAAGAACCAGCAGAUGCUUCAAAUACUAAAUCACCAGUCAGAGUUUAGGUCUUGGACAUUGUACCAUUGACACUGACCAAAUAGCACUAAUGACAGCUGCUUUUUCUCUCCAGUAGCUGUAAGCCUUUCAUCACUAUCUAUUUUCCUUGUUUUUUUCAACUCUUUAAACCCCUUGGUGUUUAAGGCUAGACAUAGAGAAGAUGUCACAUGAAACGAGAUGAUCUGAGGAUUCCAUUGGUACCAACCAGGUCAUGAUAUCAUGUCAGGAAGGGGUUGAAAUAACUCGCCGAAUUUAGCACACAGAAAAACUGAUGGCCAGUUGCUUACUUUAGUACCAACUGUGUGCAAGAAAUAGUAUCCAACCAAAAACUUAUGAGACAUAGUUGAGCCUGGAAUGGACUUCAGAAAACUGUACAUUAAUGUUCAGAACCAUUAUACACCUUCAUAGCUUUAUUUGAUUUAUGGCCAGUACAACUUGACACACAGUGCCAAGCUGCAUCUUAAACUCACCUUCAGGUUCACAGCUUUCAGAUGAUGUACACAACUUCUAUACUGCAUUUAUUGUUGACCUGCUAUCUCCCCCUAAAAUCAACUGCCCACAACCCACAAUUCUCAAUAAAAUGGGGCAGAAUAAUAAAGGGCUA